AUACAAAUUAAACAUUUUCAUCAAACUGAAUCAGAAUCAUAUUUGUUAAUAAGCAUCUUUUAAAAGGAGUUUUGCAGACUCAGAAAUCUGUUUUUAUUUAGAUCUAAAAUGCAGCUUUGAGCACAAAUCACAACUGUGAACAUUUGGGCAGCUGAGAAUAUUUUUAUUUCUUUGUUUCUUUUGCUGAUGUUGCUUCAGAUGUGUCAGUGUGGCAUUCAAAGAAAUAAACUCUUUACGACUUUGUCGAAAAGUCAGUCUGAGUUUUGCUGCUCAAGAAAACAAAUCUAAAUAGGAGGGAUUUAAGGAAGUGCAGAAAACCAUCCACCAAGAGACUCUUUCAGUUUGAGACAAAUCAAUAUGAUAAAAUCUAAAACACAGUUGUUCAUCUAAGAACUUGAUAAGUCAAAAGUCAAAUUAGUUUUAAGAUGAAAUGUUUUGGAAAAAGCCUCCGCCUUUAAAGUUAUUAAAGCGUGUUGCGUUCAGGUGCAUCUGCAGCAGGGCUCUGUUUUAUUUGGCAUUUCUGAACACAAAAGAACGAUGUGAUUUAUUCCUAUGCAGUCUAACCAUGUGAUCCACGGUGUAACCAAUUGGCAGCCGAGAAGACGGUAAGGGCAGGAAAAAAAAUUACUACCAUUUUAGGGGAGGAUGCAAGCCUCUGUACCAGCCCCUCUACGGUUUUACAGGCGCUCUAAGUGUCUUUUUAUUGAAAUAAUAAAAUAAACAUGUCGCUAACGAAUUAUUAUUCCAUGAUGGGUCUGCAGACCGAGGAGCCGUACGGCGCGCACUUCAUCCCGGGAGGCUUGCAGGGCUCGGCGGCCGCCUGCGCGAAGGCAGCCCGGGGAGCGGAGGAGGAGGAGGAGGAGGAGGGGGCCGCUGCCUCCAACAUCCCGGAUUUUUCCCAUUUUUCCAACAAGCCGAGCCUCAACGGCUUCUCCCCCUGGACGAGCACCGCCUCCUCGGUGUCUCCCCAGCUGCAGUCCGGCCCCGGUGCCUCCCUCCCCGGCCUCUUCCAUCCGCAUCACCUCCUGAGCCACCACCACCACCACCACCCUUACUACGGUCCGCAGGCGCCGAGCCACGCCGAGCACCUCGCCCCCGUGGCGGCGUCCGAAAGCAGGUUCGUCCGCUGCUGGGAGGGCGCGACCCCCGCCUCGGACACCGCUUUGUCCCAAGUUCCGAGCGGCUUCCCCGCGUGUCUCCCCACGCAGGGGGACCUGUCCAACCCGAGCCCGACCUACGAGGCGAUCAAACCCGAGAGUUCUCCGCAGCAAGACAGCGCCGACGACUCGAGCUUCGCCAGCCCGGCCGAGGUGGUCCUGGAGCGGCUGGGGACCGUGGAGGAGCUGGGGGCCAAAACCGAGCCGAAGAAGGAGGACGAGGAGAGGAAAACCCCGCAGCUCGACCCGG